UAUAAAUACAAGAAUGUCCUGCUUGAUACUCCAUACUCAAAGCGCCAUCAUGGGACAGUCACGGUCACUGGCCCUCGUUGGCAUUCUGUUCCUGAUACCAAUUCUUCUCGCUAGUCAAGUGGAUCAACGAGUAGCGGUCAUUCGGGAUAUUCUUCCUCAUCUAGACGGCACCACGCGUCAGUUGUUGGCUUUCGUCGGGUGCUGGCCAUCGAACGUUCGUUAUCAGCUUUGGCGUGAGCUUAACAGUGGCCACCACGGCACCUUGGGACUUCAAUUCGCUGCCACCAAUGAUCGGCGCUAUCUUCCCUGGCACGAUCCCAACCGUCAUCUGCUGGUCGUUCUGGUAGAUUUGGGUUGCACGCGAGCGGUUCAACUGCUACAGGACGCUGACCAUCUGUUAUACUAUCGACUCCGCUGGAUUCUGGUACACUCGGAUGCUGCAGGUGAACCAACAACAUGGCCAGAUUGUGCAAAGUACCAGGACACCUAUCUAGCCCACUUGCCGCUGCUCAUUAGCAACGAGGUAUACUACUUCUGUAAGGAUCCCGCUGGACAGAUACUGGUACAGCAACAGUACCGAUUAUCGAGAUCGAGCGCAACUACGGUAGAGACGGUUGGCCGAUGGAAGCAGCAGUCGUUCAUCCUAGAGGACCGGAAACGCCCUGUGACGUCUGUAAGAAGAAAGAACUUUAAUCAGUUUGAGCUGCGAGCCUCACUCGUCGUGUUGCACAACGAGACGCUUAACCAUCUGGAGGAUUACACAAACAAACACUUGGACACGCUACCACGCGUUACCUAUCAGCUGACGAAAGCCGUAGCACAGCAGCUGAACGCCACGGUACGGUACACCGUCACCAACUCCUGGGGCUAUCGGAACGCUAGUACCGGACUCUUUAACGGUAUGAUCGGUGAACUGCAGCGUGGCCGCGCCGAUCUCGGUGGUUGUGCUUUAUUUUUUACGCAGGAUCGCAUUCCGAUCAUUGAUUAUCUCUCGAUGAGCACCUCGACCCGAGCCAAGUUCGUCUUUCGUGCCCCGAAACUCUCCUUCACGGACAACGUGUUCGCUUUGCCCUUCGAUCGGUAUGUCUGGUACUGUACGAUCAGCUUCAUCGUACUCUCCGGAGUCCUGCUGGCGGUGGUGCUACGUGUUGAGCAACAACUUCGACCACCACCGUCACAGGAUCAUUCGAACGGCUCUUCCGGUUCUUCGCUGGCCCCCAUCUACCUAUCGGACACGUUACUCAAUUCGUUCGGCACAACCUGCCAGCAGGGUUCCUUCAUUGAACCGAAGACGGCCGCAUCGCGCUGUCUGGUGCUACUGUGCCUUGUGGUGCUCAUGUUCCUGUAUGCCAGCUACUCGGCUAACAUCGUCGCUCUCAUCCAAUCGCCCUCGACCAAGAUACGGACGGUGGAAGAUCUGCUGGUGUCGCACAUGAAAACCGGUGCCGAGGAUACGGUCUACAACAAAUACUACUUUCGGCACGCAACAGAUCCAGUCCGAAAGGCACUGUACGAGCGCAAGAUCCGGAACAAGGACGGCACGGAGAACUUUGUCACGCUGGCGUACGGUAUCGAGUUGAUGCGGAAGGGCCUGUACGCUCUGCAUGUGGAGCUGGGUGUAUGCUAUCGGUUGAUCAGUGACACGUUUCAAGAGGAGGAAAAAUGUGGCCUGCAGGAAGUGGAGUACAUCAAGGUUAUUGAUCCGUAUUAUGCGGUGCAAAAGAACACAUCAUUCCGCGAACCGGUGCGCAUCAGUCUGUUUCAGCUGCGUGAGUUUGGCAUUCAGGGCCGGGAACAGGCACAGUUAUACACGAAGAAACCACGCUGUUCCGGGGGUACAAGCUUCACUCAGGUGUCUAUCGUUGACGUGUGGCCCGCGCUGGCAACGCUCGGCUGGGGCUAUCUGCUGACCGUUGGUGUACUGAUCGCUGAGAAGCUAUGGAACUUUUGCCGGAGGAAGCUGCGGAGUAGAGAAAUCAAUCAUUUUGAUCCAUAA